UCUAUUUUUUCAGCUUGUUGAGAACGAAUCCAGCCUUAAUGUCUGGACGUGGCAAGGGAGGUAAAGGACUCAGAAAGGGAGGCGCCAAACGUCACCGUAAAGUUCUUCGUGAUAACAUUCAGGAUAUCACCAAGCCAGCCAUCCUUCGUCUCGCUCGCCGUAGCGGUGUCAAGCCUAUCUCUGGUCUGAUCUACGAAGAGACUCGGGGUGUCCUUAAAGCAUUCGUUGAAAACGUCAUCCGUGACGCUGUCACCUACACCGAGCACGCCAAAAGGAAGACUGUCACCGGCAUGGACGUCGUCUACGCCCUCAAGAGGCAGGGACGUAUCCUUUACGGUUUCGGCGGCUAAACAGGAGAACGAGCCUUUGGCCACUGCGAUCCCACACCAGAGAUAAAAAAGGGGUCUUUCUAAGGUCACCGAAUCUUACGAGAUCAGAAAUCAUUUAAGCAGGUUGACUAAUUAAUUUUUUUAAAGUAAAAAUGAAAUGCUUAGUAGUGAAUAUCUCUGUUCUAUACAGAUAUGAUAUUGGUAUUCACUGUAAAUAAUAGCUUCGGUUUAAUCAUUCUAAACCGGAAUGCCAAUACAAGCGUGAUUAUGAGUU